UCGUCCCUCCAUGACUCCAUCACAUCUCUAUUUGGUAAAUUGACUCCAUAACGAACGGAGGGCGGGGCGGCCGCCGGCCGAUUGGGUGGUGGCUCCACGGCGGAGGGCGCAACAGUUCCCUGAUGAUAUUGUGUGGUAACCGGUGGAAAUCAGACAGAAAGGAAAGCCAAGCGAACUCGUUAAUCAGAAAAGAGCAGUUUACGCGCUCGAAAUUCCAUUCGACUCAAAACGCACAAGUCCCAUCUCCCCAACUAGACGAACAAGGGGAAGAGGCCGCGGGGUCGCGGGAGAGCGAGGGAGGAGAACGAAAGAAAAGGAAACCCUACUUUUCUGAUGAACCACUCUGAAGACUUUUUCUUAUUCAUUCUUGUUCGCCUUUUCUAGGGUUUCAUGUUCUGCGAGGUUUUGAUGUCUUAUAAAUGGAGAGAACCUUUCUGUCUGAAGGCGAUUUCUCUUCUGUGUCGUUCUAUUUAGUAGCGGGAUUCACUGCAUUCUGUUGCUUGUUCGCUUUGUGGGCUGUUCGGCCAUCGACGUCGAGUAUUCUCCGGAAGGUAAGUUCGAAAAAAUCCGAAGGUGGCGGCGGCGGCGGCGCCCGGAGUUCGUCGAAGAAGAAGGCCUGUGGCUGCACUUGUUCCUGUGGUGGUGGCGGCGGGGUUCCCAAUUCAUCUCCCGCGUCUGCUCCUUACGCCAACGGCAGUGCAGGGGAGAUGCACGAGAGAGCGCCUGUGGUGGCCGAGCGGCAGACGGGGGCUUCAAUGAUGGAGCAGUUGGUUCCCGAGAUUACCACGCACGCUUUGAGCUACUUGGAUUAUCCGAGCUUGUGCCGGCUUUCAAUGACAAAUUCAUUGAUGCGGAAGGCUGCAAAUGAUGAUAGUGCAUGGAAGGCGCUCUAUCACAAGGACUUCACAAUGGAGCAAGACAGUGUGACACCAAUUAAUGGAUGGAAGGCAUAUUAUGCAGCUACUAGAGCUGUUGUGAAUGUCAAUGCAGAGUUCUAUAAUAUCAUUAGAGAGAAGUCACUUCAAGCAAUGAGUCGACUUUGGCUUCAUGCAGACUAUGUUAAGUGCAUUCAUGGCUCUGGAGAGCUCUUUACAGGGUAUAAUGCUGUUAUAGAGAGCUGGCAGCUGGCAUUCAGGUGGGGGCCGUGGGGCCAAGAGGUUUCCUUCCAGAUUCGGGAUGUCCGAGCUCGGGUAUUGACUGAUAUGGCUUGGGUUACCAUGAAAACCUAUAUUGGCAUAGAUAGAGGGCCUUUCCAUGUGACCAAUGUGUACGAGUUCCACAAUGGGCGGUGGUACAUGGUUCAUCAUCAUAGCUCCGUGAUACUCGAUGGAGAGGUGGAGCACCAAAACAUGUUUGGGUAAAAGAAAAAGGAGAUGAACCAAAAGAAAGAAAAUAUAGUUUUCAUUGUUAUUGGGGCGAUGAGCCGUUCAGAUGUCCUCUGUUUUCGUUUUAAUUCGAGUUUCUUCUCUUUAUCUUCUCCAACCUAUCGUUGGGUUUCGCUUUCUUGCCCCUCUUCCUUUUUAAUGGUCAAGUCGUAUACAUAUUUUUCUGUUUUCUUUUUCUUGGUAAAAUUUAUAGGGAUGGAGUCCAUCUUGAUUGAGAUGGAUGUGAACGUACGUUCCAUCUUAGCGGGAAUGAGCGUCUUGCCCCACAAUGGAUGUAAAAUAGGAGUUACACAUUUAUCUGUAUUUUACAUGCAUCCUAUAUAUAAUUAUAAUCUCCA